ACCCGAACGUCAGUCGAGCGGGGCGCGGUCGCCGUCACGGAGCGGAGCUGGCGCUUGUCAUCCGGCGGCCAUUAUCUCGUAUUUGAACGGAUUCAUAAAAUCAAUUAAAGUUCGCGUUGCCGUUACGCGUAUUCGGUGUCGGGUCUUGUAAAGAUUCCGUAAAUCGCAGCCCGUGUGUUUAUCGGCCGGAUUAAAGUGUGUUUCCGUUCGGUGGGAACAGUGAGAAGUGAUCCAUUAGGUUACUGUGUAUCGGGUGGUAUCGCAGUGUAGGGUGGCUCCGGCUGGGCCGGGGCGAGCGGGCGCGUGCGGAGCGCAUGCAGAGGGAGCGGUGAGAGCGGUGGGCGCGAGCUCGGGGCCGGGCAAGGCUCGCGGACAGCUGCCGACAUGGGGUGCGCACAGUCCGCCGAGGAGCGCGCCGCCGCCGCUCGCAGCCGACAGAUCGAGAGGAACCUGAAGGAGGACGGCAUCCAGGCCUCGAAGGAUAUCAAAUUGUUGCUCCUAGGUGCCGGCGAGUCGGGCAAGAGUACUAUAGUCAAACAAAUGAAAAUUAUUCACGAAAGUGGGUUCACGAAUGAAGACUUCAAACAGUACCGGCCGGUGGUGUACAGCAACACGAUCCAGUCGCUGGUGGCCAUCCUGCGCGCCAUGCCCAACCUGGGCAUCACCUAUGGCAAUAAGGAUCGGGAGAGCGACGGCAAGAUGGUGUUCGACGUGAUCCAGCGGAUGGAAGACACGGAGCCGUUCAGCGAGGAGUUGCUCGCAGCGAUGAAGCGGCUGUGGGCGGACGCCGGCGUGCAGGAGUGCUUCGGCCGCUCCAACGAGUACCAGCUCAACGAUUCCGCCAAAUAUUUCCUGGAUGAUCUCGACCGGUUAGGCGCGAGAGAUUACCAGCCCACGGAGCAGGAUAUCCUUAGGACAAGAGUCAAAACCACUGGCAUUGUCGAAGUGCACUUCUCCUUCAAAAACCUUAAUUUCAAAUUGUUCGACGUGGGCGGUCAGAGAUCGGAGAGAAAGAAAUGGAUCCACUGCUUCGAGGACGUGACGGCGAUCAUAUUCUGCGUGGCCAUGUCCGAGUAUGACCAGGUGUUGCACGAGGAUGAGACAACGAACCGCAUGCAAGAGAGCUUGAAGCUGUUCGACUCGAUCUGCAACAACAAAUGGUUCACGGACACCAGCAUCAUCCUGUUCCUCAACAAGAAGGACUUGUUCGAGGAGAAGAUCCGCAAGUCGCCGCUCACUAUCUGCUUCCCAGAAUACACCGGUGCGCAAGAGUACGGCGAGGCGGCGGCGUACAUCCAGGCGCAAUUCGAGGCCAAGAACAAGUCGACGACGAAGGAGAUCUACUGCCACAUGACGUGCGCCACCGACACCAACAACAUCCAGUUCGUGUUCGACGCCGUGACCGACGUGAUCAUCGCCAACAACCUGCGCGGCUGCGGGCUGUACUAGCCGCGCCGCGCCGGCCCAUAUCACCGCCACCACCGCAGCGUCUACCGCAACACCACAUACUUAUAUAUAUUUUUAUGGGAAGUAAGCUUACCGGAUAUACCGCCGAUGUGCAGAUAUCAUGUGUCACAUGGCUUGGGGCACUGUGUAUGUUUUACAUUAGCUCCGAUGGACAGUACGCGACUAGACCCCGCGAUGUAGCGUUCUCUCCCUGUAAAAUAAACCGCCGUUUCCUCUUUAGUUCUGGGCGUGUGGUUUUUCCGACGACACCCACGCGCCGCUCUCGAUUAGCGAAAUAAUUUUUGAUGAAAGUGAAUUAGGUAUCUAGUGUUCAAUUCUAAAUUUUGGUGCUAGUAUAGUGUUUGGUUUGUGCAGUUAGUGGCUGGCGGUCUAGUCGCGUCACUGCCGGGAGCCCGGAGACAUUGUGCUUAUAUACUCACUCUCUUACGGACCAAAAACAGAAAGGAACCAAUAUUUAGUACUGAACUCUGUAGUGAGAUGCAUGAAUACGUUCACAGGCCUACUUUACUGAUACAAAACAUCAUUCCAUUAUUAAGUAUUAUCGCUUACGAUGAGAAAUUAUUUUUAUAAACUUUUGAAUGCACAAACUGUAACCGCUAAGAUCGUUUGUUUUACGUACCUCGGGUCGUGUUAAGCUAAGUCCUGUCUCACUCUCGGAGCAUGCAUUUUGAUUAUUAGUUAGGCGUCGUACUACGCACAAAUUAUUUAUUUCUGUGAGAGCAUUGAUUCUUUUAUGCCAUAUACAAUCUAAAUAUUUUUUCGUGUUAAUAUUUUUUCUAUAUCACUUUACAGUUAACCUUAAGAUGUAGCCAUUUAAGAUCUACUCUUGUAUUCAAUUAUAAAAAUCAUGUUAGGUAUUUAUUUUAUCUAGCGUAUUUUGUAUUAAAGGUGGUAUAUGUAAACUUGUCAUGUUUAAUUUUAUAUUUAAGUGAUUAACCAAUGUUUAUGAUGAUGUUGUCGCGCCACGUGGUCCGGCGGCGCCGGCACCGCCGGCACCCGGCCCCGGCGCCGGCCGAGGGCGUUCUGUUCGCACGGUGUAAGAUAUGUGAGUAUAUAAACUUUGUAUACACUCGCGAAUUGGCGUAAUCAAACCUUAUACAUAUAUAUACUAUAUAACAUAAUUUAUUAUUAAUAAUAAAAUAAAAAUCUUACUUUUAAGCAUUAGGGCAGUAACUGUAUCAAUAAACAUUAAUUAAUAAUGCAAUUAGACAGUAACCUUUACUAUUGUCAUAGUUAGGUGAUUUGUUUUCAUUUUACGUUUAUGAAGUAUGUAAAAAGUGAUUAAAUGAAAAUGUAACGCCUACACUGUGACCACGCGGGCCACCCCGGCGGCCGCGGCCCUCGGCUCGCCUGGUUGCCGACGCCGCUGCACUGCGCCCCCUAGCGCCCGCGCCCGCGGGGCCGCGCGGACCGAGCGCGGCGCUCCGCCGGCCUGGCCCGCGGCCCGAGCGCGAGCUCGCUUGUUGCUAGGUAGGUUUUUUACUGUUAUGUAACAAUAUGUGUACGUAAAACUAAUAAAAAUAUUAUUAGCGCAGUUCUACAUUCAGCCCAGACAUUACAUCUAAGUAAGCUUCACACUACAUUAAAAGUUUUUUAAAUGAUAAACUGGAUGUGGCAUUCGAAGUCGAUACUAAGUCGCAUCCAUACGAUUAGUUGGAGGAUUGCGCUUUCCGUUUCAUACUUGAACGACUAGAACCGACCGUGCGGUUCGCUAUAAGACGAGAUUGCUGCGGUUGUCUUCCGGAUUACGAAGCAGCUUUUUGCACGGCAACUGAUAAUAUGACGAGUGUGCCGAUUGUGUCUGGUCGUCGAGUGGCGUCAGUGCAGGCGAGCGCGGCACAGUCGCAGUAUGGAACGGCAGCGCGGCGACAUCGGCGCAGCUUCGACGAGCCGCCGCGUCUCCUCACGUGCCGCAGAGCACGAAGUCGUCAGUUUCGCAUUUCAAUGUGUUCCUCCGCCGCUAAACAUUAACUUGUAUGCUUUAAUAUUUCGAGUGAAUGUGAUGUAAAUUUUAUACACUGCCGCAUUGUUUAUUCGCUCGAAUCACAUUUAGUUUAUAAGAUUUGGGACAGUGACCGGAACGCACACGCCACACGCAGCAUGUUUGUUUGUUUGGACACGGCAGUGCGCACGAGCCACCUCGUCUCGACGCUCAAUCGACCCUUCAGCCAAACUUUACGCAACGUGGUAUGUGCGUAAGCUUCUUAUUUGAAGACUGAAAUGUUGCCGCUCAAAUGUUCUCGCGCUUUAUUAGAUCCAAACGGGGAGGAUAAUGCAGUUUUUUAAAAGAGUUAGCGAUUAGUAAUUGGAACAAAAUAGAUGUCUUAAUAAUACUUAUAAAAGGUGUGGCAUAAGAUAACUCGAAGACUACCCGGAUCGAGAAACUUGCGAAUUGAGCGACAUUCAGUUGUAAUUUUUAAUAUUAAACGCUGAGUCUUUGUCACAAUGUUGUCGAUUUAAAAACAAUAUCACAUGCUUCAUUCAUAUUUGCCAAAGUUAAUACUAACCUCACUAUUUAUACCUACUGUAUGUUCUUUGAUGACUAAAUUAUGUGUGAGAUUCGCGGGGAAAGCGACAACACGGCGCAGCCCCGCCGGCGAAUAUAGUCGUAUUGGUACUGAUCAGAGUACAAUGUUGAAAAUAUCUUAUUUAGAAUUGAUGACAUGUAAACAUUUAUUUCUAGCGCGUGCGAGGGAUCGCUCGGUGUCGCCGGCGUCGGCGCGGCCGUGGCCCGCCCGCCGGCUAACAUACGCCGAGCGUUCCCAUCUAUUGAACAAACGUUUAAGAAAGUAAAAUUUUUAGUCACUAGUGGGUAAUUUUUGAAUGUGAUUCAAUCUUAUCUUUAUUUUUCUAUAUCGAGUGACAUCUUGUACAUUUUGAUUUCAUUACGUUCCGACUUAUGUUUUGUAUUGCAUUUACUGAGAGCGAUAUAUUUAACCAACGAUUAAACAAAUAUUUUCUCUUUUUUGUAUCUCGUCUGCACUGGUAUUUUUUAUUGAAUUUACUAUAAAUGUACUUUUAAGUGUAUAAUUUUAAAUAAUUACUGAAAAUGAUUAUAUUCUAAUUUUUAUGUUCAAAUAAU